AUGGAUAUCCCGCUACCAUUCCUGAUGAUGAGGGUACAAGCAUUGAUCAUCGUGCUACAGUUUCUGAAGAAGUGCCCCAUGGCUCAACUGCAAGAAGAAAAGAAAACCAAAAAUUUAUAUAAGUUUGACAAGCGAAGAGCAUUUGUUCCACCUUCAAACCUUGAAUUCACAGAUGCACCACUUCAACCUGAACCCAAAGAUGACAGUCCCUACAACUACUUCAAAUAUUUUGUGACCAGCAACAUGUUUGAAUAUUUGGCUGAAGAAUCCAAUCAUUAUGCCCAUCAAAAAGCAGGGUUUUCACUACAAGCAUCAGCAUGUGAACUUGAAACAUUUGUGGGUCUGUUUUUUCAUAUGGGAUUGGUGCAAAUGCCUGCUGUUGGUUGCUAUUGGGAAACAUACAUCCAUUAUAAUCCAAUAGCUGAUGUGAUGUCAAGACAGCGGUUUCAAAAGCUUGCUUCCUAUAUGCACAUUGCUAACAACCUAACAGUAACGGAGGAAAAUAAGAAUGAUAAAGUCUGGAAGAUAAGGCGAUGGUGUGAUGAUUUAAAUUCAAACUUUUUGAAAGUUAGUCCAUCUGAAAACCAAUGCAUUGAUGAAGUUAUGGUUGCUUUCAAGGGAAGAUCAAUACUAAAGCAAUAUCUUCCAAAGAAGCCAAGAAAAUGGGGAUUCAAGCUUUGGGCUCGAUGUUCAUCAACAGGGUUUUUACAUGUUUUUGAUAUUUACCAAGGAAAGAAUGCCAGAACUGAAGAAGAAAGUAGUGUCUCUGGAUGUGGAUUGGGUGGAAAUGUUGUUUUGAAGUUGUGUUCAACUCUUCCAACAGAAAGAAACUUCAAAGUCUUUGCUGACAAUUUUUUCUCCAAUUUUGAAAUGGUUGCUGAACUAGAAAGAAGAGGAUUACAUUAUGUUGGUACAAUCAACAACAAUCGUCUUCAUGGGGCUCCUCUUAAAUCAGAGAAAGAAUUAAAAAAACAGGGGAGAGGGUCAGAGGACAGUGUUGUCGAGACAACAAGAAAUCUCUCUUGGUUCGAUGGUAUGAUAACAAGUGUGUCACAAUGA